AUGAAUCCGCCUGCCGCACCCCCAUCGCGUCCUCGCCGGCGGGCGGCACCGAAAGCUCUCGAUAUGGUCCACAACACUUACGGCGUUGGCACCAAAAGACCGAGGAACACAUCCGCUCAGCAGACAAAUAAAACGCGGAAACGCAAGCGUGAUCACACGCCAUCUCACACCCCUUCACAAGACGAUGACACUUCGCAGUACAAACCGACACCUACUCACAAGCGCAUGCCUAGUCACUCUGGCUUGGUUGAGGAAGAAGAUAUCGAUGAAAUAGAACACCGGAUUUUGGCCGAAGCUCGUGGAAUCACGAGGAAGAACAUCCCCUAUGAUACAUUCCGCUCGACCUUUCUGAGCCGCUUCAAACACAAAGACAAACGACCUCAGCUCAACAUCCAAGACAUUAAGGAUAUUGGUACCGGUGAAUGGGAACAGAAUUUGUUCUUUCAGCGAAUGCAAAAAGCACUCCCUAAAAAGGCUGAUGUGGAACUUGUUUUUGAACAUACGCAAAGCCCCAUACAAAAGGCCUCUGAAAAAUUCCUGCAAUGGUUGCGAAGUGCCUGGAACGUAUUCUAUCAUCAGCCCUUCCGCCACUAUCUCUACGGGAUUCUUUUCCUCAAGUCGUACGCCUUGAUUACCUACGUUGAUCAUGGCUCUGCCGGGUACUCUGAGCCGCUGGAUUUUGUGAAGAAACCCGAACAUACUCAAUUCCUCGCGGAUUUUCUGGCGGAUUUCAUCGCGGAACCUGAACACCGUGGACGAGAUCCCCAUGUUACGGCUCAUCAACAAGACGGCUCGAUAUUCAUUGAGUAUGCGGGAAUAACGUGGACUGAAGUGCCCGAUAGCUUGCUAUGCUACCGUCCCUGCGUUUUUGGGAGACAUCUUAGGGUCACGCGAGUGCAUCCUGCGGACUCCCCGAACGAUAAGUGGGUUAUGAAGGAUGCCUGGGAAGAGAAGGUUGAACACCCAUCGCCGCCGCCGGAAGAAGAGGUCAUCAGCAUCCUUGUCGAGGCAAACGUACGAGGCAUUCCACAGCUCCAUGAAUCGACAAGCCGGGAACUUCUUCAGCAAGCCAAAGAGAAGAGAAAACUUUUUAAUGAAUGCACCGACAUGCGCAGACGACGUGCCCGCCUUAUCAUCUCGUAUUGCCAACCGUUGAAAGAGGCGAUGCGCAACGCUCGACCGAAAGAGCUCAUGCGAACAAUCCGCGACGCUAUGAUUGUUUAUUACGAGGCGUAUAAACGUCCUGAGCAUGGCUUUCUUCAUGGUGAUAUUUCGAUUGAGAAUAUCAUGGUUCCGGUGAAAGAGACUCAACUUACUAGCGGCCUUACCCACAAGACACUGCGCGGUACUCUCAUUGACUGGAAUCUAUGCUUCACCACCGACGGGAGAGCAUCCAGCAGAAACAUUCGAAGUGGCACUGUUGCAUUCAUGGCGCCGGAUCUUCUUCUGGAUGAUCCAGUUGCUCGAAGAACCUUGGGACAUGAUAUGGAGUCGUUCUUUGCAGUCAUGCUUUGGGUCGCAUCACUCGACUAUGACGAUGAAAUCGCCUUUCAAAAUAAGCCUCUAGUUGAGCUUAUGAUCGAUACUAAGUCCCCUACCAAACUUAUUGCAGGCACUAAAUUGCUUUUGUUCACAAAUCCAAAUAUUUUCGACAAGUCGAUAAUUGGUCACUUGGAAGAGCCAUAUCGCGAAGAUGACGACUUUAUCGAUUGCAUAUGGGACCUUCGGGGCAUCUUAUACGGGCAGAAUUACGACGAAAAUGUAUUGAGGCGUAGCAGAAAGGGGCUAACGAAUCCCAAGAAGGAGGAUGAUGAUGAUGACCCAAUGAAGGAGCGCUUGUUCAAAGACUGCAUGGCAGUUUUCGAUAAGUACCUCGGCGACGAAGGGAAGCAAAGUGGCAGCUACCGGUUGAACAAGAUCGAUGCCGGGGAAGACCUAGAAGAAUCGGAAGAGAGUAUUGAUACGGAUUUGAUGGAAGAUGAGUCCGACGAUACAAACUAG